GGCUUCCGGUCGGCAAGAUGGCGGCGCGCAAGAGGAAGCGUGCGGCGCGGGAAGCUGGGGAGAGUCUCCCGAGCCCUCCGGGCUACUCGGCCAUUCCAAUCAAGUUCUCUGAAAAGCAGCAGGCUUCUCAUUACCUCUAUGUGAGAGAGCACAGAGUUCGAGAAGGCACCAAGUCUGCCUGGCCUCAGCAGCGGACCCUUUUUGUCCUCAACGUGCCCCCAUACUGCACGGAGGAGUGCCUGUCCCGCCUCCUCUCUCCCUGCGGCUCCAUCCAGUCGGUGGAGUUACAGGAGAAGCCGGACCUUGCUGAGAGCCCAAAGGAACCAACGUCGAAGUUUUUUCACCCCAAGCCUGUUCCGGGGUUCCAGGUCGCCCACGUGGUGUUCCGGAAGCCAGGUGCAGUGUCGGCUGCCUUGGCCCUGAGGGGCCCUCUGCUGGUCUCGACAGAGAGUCACCCUGUGAAAACUGGUGUUCAGAAGUGGAUCAGCGAGUACGCAGACUCAGUGCUGGACCCCGAGGCCCUGAGGGUGGAAGUGGACACAUUUAUGGAGGCGUAUGACAAGAAGAUAGCUGAGGAGGAAGCUAAGGCCAAGGAGGAGGAGGGAGUCCCUGACGAGGAAGGCUGGGUGAAGGUGACCCGCCGUGGCCGGCGAUCCGUGCUGCCCCGGACGGAGGCUGCCAGCCUGCGUGUGCUGGAGAGGGAGAAGCGGAAGCGUGCCCGCAAGGAGCUGCUCAACUUCUAUGCCUGGCAGCACCGCGAGAGCAAGAUGGAGCACCUGGCACAGCUGCGUAGGAAGUUUGAGGAGGACAAGCAGAGGAUCGAACUGAUGCGGGCGCAACGCAAAUUCCGACCCUACUGAGCCCGCCGGGCCUCAGGGCCCCUGUGGCAGAGCACAGUGACUGAGGCACAGGGCCAGCGGGGAAAAGGGGCCAGGCCUGAAGGACACGUCUCCAUCAGGAGGGGCUACCCUGACGAGUGGCAUCUCUGAAGCCCUUCUGAGUUCACACAGGCAGGAGGGAAGGACAGCAUCGGCCUUGGUCCUGAUGUGACUAGGCCUGGCCAGUGUGAGGAUUUGGCUCUCAGGACCUGCCUCCCAGGAAGCGUCAUCCACACGCCACCCUCCACCCCUGACAGGGAAGCCCUCCUGGUGGUGAGACAGCUGCAGGAGCAGUGUGGACACGAGGUCAGUUAUUCCUCGUCCGUCAGGCAGCAGGGACAGGCGGCAAGAGCCACGGGGGCCUGUCUCAGCCCCUUCAUCCUCCAGCCUGUGCCAGGUCACUUCGGAUUAUUAACCACAAGGCAGAACCCCCAAAUGUGGACACCAUCUCCCCUGCUGAAUUCACAGAUAUUAAAGCCAGACUCUCAGAGCCCCCUGGCCCACCCUGGGAUUCUCCACAGCGCAGCCUGUACUUUUGAAACCGGUGAGGCCUGGCUCUGCACCGGCUCAGCUGAGGGCUGGGGGGUGGGGGAGACGAGUCUGGCCAGCACAAGGUUUCUGCAGCCCUCGGCCCAGGGCUACAGCCGGCAUGGCCCCCUGCUCGCUCUGUAGAAAGGUGCUGAUGAUCCUUGCCACUUGCGAGGUUUGUUCAUGUGGACUUAGUGGUUGCCAGGGACUCCCACAUCCUGGCACUGCUGGAGAAGGGAGGCAGGAGCGAGGUGAGCUGGGCCCCAGGAGGGCUUGUAAACUCGGAUUACAUCUCAUACCUCCUGGGUGUGUGCUGGGGGCCUCCUUUGCCUAUCCCCCCCGUACCCCAGCAGUUUAGAAGUGUCCCUGAGGUGAGCACUGCUCCCUGCGUGGAGGUUCACGGCCCGCGCUGGGCCACUCAACCCUGGCCUGAGCCAGUGAGGAAGGCCUGAUGGGGAGUAAAGUGUCCAAAUGGAACACCACAGCAGGGGUUUGGGCCACUCUGGCUAUGAAGCUGGGUAGCUUGGUGGGGUGGGGGCUGGAGAACAUGGAGCCAGCCUGGCCCUGUCAGGGGAGGGCCCACAAGUGUAACGCUGAGAUCUGAUUCAGGGACCACCCAGGUGGGAGUUCUUGAGGAUGAGCCCAUUUUCACUCCCACCCUGCCUUGGAGACAGGAAGGCUGUGCCCUUUGCAGCUCCGCUCUGCCAGGUGUUCCCAGGGACCCAGGCAAGAGUCAAUGUCAGCACAAGCCUCCAACUUUGAAACCCACAGCCACCUGCAGCCAAGGCAGCUGCUGAUGUGACGUUAGCAGGACGAGGUAUGUAGUGACUUGCUGUGUUGGGGGCCUUCUAAGACUGUGAAGCUGUCUCUGGCUGAGUUGGGCUUUGUCCAGGGAGAUGCAAGAGAGCAAUAAAGCUGGGAGAUUGUG